AAUUCAAAAAAGAAAAGAAAAAUGCACUAAAAACCCAAUCUCCAAGCCCUAAUCAAGAAAACCAGUGUCAAAGCGUUGUUUGUAGAGCUGAAAUGCAAGUUUAAGUGAAGACUAUAUUUACAGAGGAAGUGUCUCGUUUAAUUUCUAUCAUUUCAAUUUUGCUUGUGUUUGUUGUAAGAGCUCUAGGGCUUUGCAGAAAUGGCUGCAGCAAUGAUGGCAGGCAAUGCAGAGGCUGCUGUUUCAAAUGCUGCCAAGCUUGGAUCUCAGGCUUGGCAGUCUUUCAAGGCAAAAUCACCAGCAGUGGGAAAGGAAGCUGCUAUUGGAAUCAGGGGAAGUACUAGAAAAGUCAAGGAGGUAAGUGGAGCCCCUAAACAAUUGACUUCACAUGUAGGAAAGACUGCUGGUAGGAAUUCUGCAGGGCGUAUUACAAUUUUUCACCGAGGAGGUGGUGUAAAGCGAUUGUAUCGAAGAAUUGAUAUGAAGCGAAGCACACCGGCUAUGGGUGUUAUAGAAAGGAUAGAGUAUGACCCAAACCGUUCCUCUCGGAUUGCUCUGGUACGUUGGGUUGAGGGUGCACACCAACAGUUCCAAAAGAAAAGCAGGGCAGUUGAGCAGGAGUUUGUUCCACCAUGCAAGAACCCUGAACCUAUUUCAACCACCACUCGUGGCCUGUUUUCCCUGGCUUCCCUGUCUAGGGUAGUGGAUCAAACAAAGGCAACUAGCUCCCCUGGACGAACAGGAACUUAUGCAGUGGUUGGCCUUCAAAAUGCAAUGACUUCUGAGUCGAGGAGUCUUACCACUAUUCAUGCUGCAGGAAGCAAAAAGACUUGCGUAAGGGAUGUGUUCAUGUCCGCCUUUUCCUCUUCCAGGAUCAAAAAAGGAACUCGCCAUCUUUCCCCUGCCGAUUCUCUUAAUCUUCCGAGGAUAGCAGUGGCUGGGGCAAAACCAGCUUUUUUUGCUCCACAAAUAAGAGAUCAAAAUGACGGAAAGAGCGCAUUCUCUCUGAGUGAGAUUGAAAAGUGGAACCCUAAGAGCAAGGUGUGGGAUAAUAGGGGUAAACGUAAAGCAGCAGUGCCGUGGCACUGGCAGAGUUUUAGGUGGCAAGGUGCUUUGGGUUCUAUUAGCGGGUCUUCAUUUUAAUACCAGACUUUGAUCCGUUCUGCAACUGUAAUGGUGUUGGUUUAGCAGUAAUAUCUUUUAAAAAGCUCGCUCUCGACAAUAAUACUGAACAACUUGGUCGGAUAGGUUCUCUUUUUCUAGUGUCGGAUUAGAAAAUCUCCUGUUUGUUUUUAGAUUGUGAAGUGCAAACUUGCCUGCCUGACUCGAGUUUUUGGAUGUCAAGCUGACAUGACAAUUUUGAUUGUAUGCCACAGGUUUCAAUUUUUGCUCUUCAUUCUGAUUCAA